AUGAGCGAUCUCUACGACAUUCUUGACCCUUGGGGCUUUUCAGACAACACAACAGCGCAGCCACUGGUGCUGGCUCAACCGGGUCUGGGCUGGCAGCGGCACCAUCACCGGGACGUGCUACAGCGGGUCUUGACUUACUCGGACCUCCCAAGCCACAUAAUCGGCCAAAUCAUUCUGGCAGCUGACACUGGAGCGCCGGUGGUCAGCCAGCAGGACUUUAAUUUGGCCCUGGCAAUGGCAGCUCUGGCGCAGAAAAACAUGCGGCCGUCCAUCGAUACCGUGCUAUUCCACCGGGACGACCUCCCUGUACCUGAGAUUGAUGGCAUAGAGGCGCUGCUCACGGACGCCGACAUGGAGAUUCCAAGGCAGAGCAUUAGCUCGCCGGACUUUGCAGAUACCUCGGACGACCCGUGGCUCAGUGCUGUGGCAAAGGGCGCUGAUAUGCCAGUGGCCUCGGCGACCGCGGCCAUGGGCGCUGUCUCUGUCUCGGCCGACGGUGUAGUAUCAGGGAGCGCGCCGCCCGCCAGCCUCAGCAAUGGCAAUGCGGGCAAGGGGCAACAGAAGCAGGUCAGCAUCAGCGGCAGCGGCGGGGUGUCGUCCCAGACGUUUGUGCCGCAGAUUAGCAUGGACACCACGCAGUGGAACUCGAUGGGCGGUAUUGUGUUCAAGCAUACUAACUACGAGGUGACUACCCGCAGCUUCACAGCCAUGGUCGUGCGGCGCUACAACGACUUUUUCUGGAUCUCAAACUAUCUCGUCAGACGGUAUCCGUACAGGAUGCACCCCAACAUUCCGCCAAAGGGAUUUCCAGAUAACCGGGUAAAGGGCCUGACCAGGUUUUCGAGUGCGAUUCUGCGCAUCCCGUUCCUGCGGCGCGACGCGCUGGUCAUUCAGUUCUUCAGCAAUACGGACGAGUUUGCGCGGGUCGUCAAAGUCGGCAACCUGGACAUGGACGCCGAGGAGUUUGACCCCAAUGAAGAGGCUGGCAACACGCCAUGGGCCGAGAUCCAGCAGACAUACAUGGCAUUCGAAGAUUUCUACGGCCAGGUCAGCAGAGACGAAGAAAAGUACCGCGCAAUCGGUGACGAGCUGUACGCGUACAGCGAUACGUUGCGCACGCUGAACAUGCCCACGGAGAGCGCCACUGGCAGCCGCAAGUUCUACAUGCUGUCAAAGGCCAAGCGCGCGCUGAAUGGCAACCUCAACGAGCUCUCUAUGAGCUUUGGCGACGCCUCAUUACUUGACAAAUCGCAGGGUGAGGUCAUGAAGACCAUGUCAGCAGAGUACCUGCGCCGUUUAUAUGACGUCGUCAUCUCGAUGAAGUUGAUGAUGGACAGGAUUCGCCAGAUGGACAAGGGCAAGGAAAUCGUGCGUAUCAGGGAGCGGAUCGAUGCCAACCGCAAGGCCCUGGGCCUGCUCUCUGGCGAGUCCGCCACCAGCGUGUCGUCGACCGCUGCGAGUGGCCCAGUCGACCGCAGUGGGAUGGAAAGGCUCGAAAAGCUGAUUGGAGAGGACAUGGCAGACCUCAACAAGCUGGAGCUCGAGCAGCAGUGCAUCGAGCUGCGCUUCUACCAGGAGCUGGCGCGGUACAAGUGCUACGAGUCGUUUUUGCACACGCAUUACCACCGGUUUGUCGAGGAGCGGAUCAAGCACCACACGCUGGCGCUCAACGCCUGGAAGCAGGCCCUAGUCACCGCUGACGACCUGCCGACAAACCCAUUAGACUUUAUCUCGUAA